AGCUGCCGUAAGGAAGCAAAGCAUCAUUAUUGUUUCUUUCAGUUCUCAGCAUAAAAGGAAGUAACACUUAAUAAAAGCCAUUGGCUGCAAGAUUUCAUAAGAGAGAGAGAAGCAGAGAGAAAGAACGAGAACUGUGCUGUGGAAAAGCAAGUGUGAUUCAUGAAUAAACUCUAGUUUGCAACCCUAUGGGAUACUGAUGAAACAAAUAGAAUUUUUACCAACAUGGAUAAUACAAGAACACAAGACACUUUUUCACAGAAUGUGUUGUGCACUGUAGCUGGAAGACACUGAGUCAACAGAAAAUCCCCAGGAGGCUUUACCUCAAAGUUGCUUUAUCCUGCUGUUCUGGACAGAAAAUAAAAUCUUCUAUGCUUAGAAGAUGAAUCUAAAAAACUGGACUCCAAAAUGAAUGACAAUAUGACCCUGUGCUGGGUAAAAAAUGCCAGGCAUGUAAGUUAAACCAGCAUAUUUAUUUUUGUGUGGACAAUGAGAACAUUCAGUCAGAUUUAUGCCUGGAAUGUCAGGAGAUAUCUGUAAAGCAAUUUGCAGCCACUAUUUGGCUCUUCCCUCUUGGCUUGAGCCCCCUUGGCCCUGAAGCAUCGAUCCCAUCUGUGGUGAGGGGGAGAUGCUGCUGUGGAGCACAGAGGAUGAAGCAGCUGCCCUCUUGGUCCAGCCUUCUCUUCUGGGUCCCCUGGCAGCCAGGAGCUGGUUUGUCACUUACACCUUGCAGCAAGGAGAUGAGAAUGUUUAACACUGUUAAUGUUUAAUAAGGACAAGUGUAAGGAAUGCUCAACAGUGAAAAGCUUGACUAGACCUGAAUGAAAUUUUCUGCUCAUUUGUAGGGGGAGCAGGAUUUCCACUCGACUUGGUUUUGUUGUCACAGGAAAUGAUAGAGCUCAGUGCAUAUUAGCUAUGGUCUUCACCUAAGUAAACUUGAAAUAAUGUCUCGCUGAAUUGUGCCAGCAUUUGUAAUAAUUGAAAUCAUAUGUAUAGCUGACUGACAGCUGGAUUUCUUGCUUUACGUCUCCAUGGGUGUAUGUGCACACAUUCCAGGAGUCUUUUUGCAUUAGAUUGCUGUCAUAUUAUUAUGAUUCAGGUAGGAUGGUCCACAGAAUAAGAAUAAGCUGAGCAAAAGCUACAUAGCUUGAAUUUCUCUGUAGGUUAUGGAGAGAAAGAAUUGUCAGAUAAUAAGAUGGGUCUUACACGCGGUGAAUGGUCACCUAGAGAAGCCCAAGUAUCUCCAUUGCCUGUACAGGAGUCACGGCAACCCAGUGGUUAAUUGGGGAACGUGACCUGGUGUGUAUUAGAAGAUGAGAGUCAGAAAGAAGAGACACAUGAAGAUGUUAACCUGUCUUCUCCUUGAAUGGUUACCUGAACUGCUUUGCUCUAUCAACUGUAAAUGACUCAGAUGACGUGGCUUUAACUCCUCUUUCUUGGGAGAUGCUCUGAAGGUCUGGGAACCUUUUUGGAGUAAUGAGAGUAAUAUUUCCACAACGCGGAGACCACAUGCAAAAACUUCCAUAUCUCUUAGGGCCCCUGUGAGACUGUGCUGGGUAAACGGAGAGCGGCAGGAAGCUCUGGAGGGGUCAUGUAGAGCACUGCAUGGGCAGCUGCCCACGAAUAAGCUAGAAAUCUCAUAUCUCACCACUAAACACAUUUUUUACCACGUCUAGACCAAAAAUAUAAAAACCUCACCCUGCACAAUAAGGGAUGUAUGGAGGAUGCCUGGAGUCCUGCACUCUUCCUUCAAUUGCGAGUGUUGAGUUUUCUUUCAAAUCACUUACGUGACUAUAUUGAGUUUUGGGUGGGUGAUGAAAACUUAAUCCGUUUUUUUUUUAACCUGACAGGUAAAUGAAUGCAUUAUUCAGGCAAUCUCAUAUAUUUCCUUAAUGUGCAUGCUUUAUAAUAGAAGCAUUUAAUUUUUUUGUAAGUUUUGCUACCCAAGCUUGCAUAAAAACAUUCUGUUUGGUUGCACCAGUCACUUUCUAUUAGGCAAUAUAACACAAUCUGACUUAGUGGCAUUUUGGCGGAUAAUAUGACAAAAACGGUUUCUUUUUAAGGAAAACAUGUAACCAAAACAAACACAAGAAUAAGCAUUACAAAAAUUGUGACAUGCUGAGAGAAAAGCCCCACAGAUAUAAAAUGAUAAAGGUCAAGAUCUGUUACUCAGGUCUUGUUUGCAAGAAAAAAUACCAUGCUAACGUGUGGCUGUCAAAAACCUAAGCGAGGCAGACACACUUAUGACAAAUAAUUUUGACAAUUCUCAUAAGCUGAAAAGUGCCUUUUUGCCUCUCUUUUGAAAUGUUUCCCUCCUGCUUUAAAUAUGUACAGAGACUUAACAAAGACAUUAAAACAACAGGGUGCUGUUAAAAAUAACCUGUACCAAGCACUGUCUUUUUUGGGCUCUCUGGGGAAUGUAUUAACUGUCAGCAGUCUAACUUAGUAACUAACCUUCCUGAGUUUGCAAUGCACAAAGUGAUUCACUUCUCUUUUUCAAAUAUACUUCUCUAUACAUUAUUAAGCAAAUUAAGAGACGUUCCUUGUUGCUUUCAUGUCUUGUGUGGAAUUUCAUUCCAGUCUAAGGGAGACUUUGGUGAAGGUAAGCAGAAUGAAGAGCUGAAUACUUCGUAGAGUCAAAAUGCAUUCACUUCUGCAAUUUUUGAAAAAGUUAAGCCAGGAAAAAAUCCUCAAAAUUAUGAACAUGGUGAAAAAUAAAGAAGUGAGUAUUGAAGGAGCUUUGCAUUUGGCACAGAAAGAGGUGUUUGCUGCAAAGGAUUCACAGCAUUUGCUAACUGGCUCACAGUUUAACUUCAGUAUCUACAAAUACAAACAUUAUCGGUGGCAGAAGCGAAUUUUACAGAUUGAUUUCAACACAGAGACCAUUUUUAACAUUGAAAAAGGAAUUAUUAAGAAACAGUUCCCUUUCUCACAAGUCAAAGCCUGUGAAGAUACUGAAAGGAGGCGCUUCAGCAUUGUGUUUCAUGGGCGACAAGAUUAUGAGCUGGAAGCAGUGUCUCUUGAUGAUAAAAGGAAGAUAACGUACCUUCUGAGCAGAGUUAUACAGAGCAAUUCACACAAGAGAUCAGCGGAGUCCUACUCUGAAAGACCUGCAGAAUGCGACGUGAUACAUGAAGGUCUGCUGGAUUUGCAGCAAAACACUUUUACAUCCACUGAAUGGGUGAAGUACUUGGUACAACUACGUGAAGGAGAAUUGACUUUAUAUUGCAUAGGUCUGGGAAGACACAACAAGAACACAGACCCUACAAGUACAAUUAAUUUGUUAAGUGGUAAUGUGAGUGUCAGCAAGGAGAAUGGAUGCAGUACCUUUUCAGUCCAGACCAAAGAACACAAUUAUUUGUUUCGAAUACCCUUUACUGUCCAAAAUAACAGGACAGAGGAUGUUAGCAAGCUCCAGAAUGAAUGGGUGUCUCUCAUAGAACGGUACUGCCUACCGCGCAAGGUUGCCUCACAGCCUCAGGAGGGAUCUCAAGGGUGCACCUCCUCUGAAUCUGAUUAUGAGGAUUUGAUUGUACCUCUGGGUGAACAGAAAGAGGAGGCUCUUCACUUCAGUGUGAGUUCUGCAACAGCCAGUUUGAGCAAGUCUUCAAUCCCCCAGACAAAGCCUGCAGAGGUGGAUACAGCCCUGGCAUCACCAUCUCUUCCACUUCCCAUGAGUAAGGCAGAGGUUCCACCCACCCCACCUGCACUCCUGAAGCCCUAUGGCCUCUCUCACCCAACAAAGAGAACCAAAGCCUUUCACUGGGAUGUUGUUCCUUGCGAUAAGAUUCAAAAAUCUCUCUGGGGAUUGUGUGACCCAUGCAAGAAAAAAAUUGAUGUAUCCAGACUCUGUGAUCAGUUCCAGAUCCAGGACGUGGCAGUGUUUUCAGGCAACGAACCUCCAGUGAAUCAGCACAUCAUGUUAGAUCAAAAAGUUGCACAUAACUUCAACAUUUUUCUCAAAAGUUUCCGUGUGAAACCAAGCGAAUUGAAAGAAAAACUAUACAUUAUACAUGAAGAGAGUGGUGGACUUACAGAUGAGCAGAUAACAGCACUAAGAAGAUAUAUGCCAACACCAAAAGACACAGAAAGGUACCUGUCGUUCAAGGGAUCUCCUUCAGAUCUGCAUGUGGUUGAUCAGUUCAUGUUGGAGAUGUGUAAAAUUCCCCACUUAGGCCAGAGGUUGGAUCUCCUGCUUACCAUACGUGAGCUCCCUGUCAGCAUGAGAGAUUUGGAGCCUCUAAUAAACCAGAAAAUCCAAGCGAGUAAGCAGCUGCAAUCCAGCCAGAAAUUUGUUGCUGUCUUGGAGUACAUUUUAGCCAUUGGGAACUAUUUAAAUGAAAAGGCUGGAAAAGAAAAAGCCAAAGGAUUUCGAUUGUCAUCUUUGACCAAAUUGGCUUUGCUACGGGGUAAGGAGAGGACGUUCACCUUGCUUCAUGCCCUUGUGGAGCAGAUCUUCUUACAUGAGCCUGAUUUGGCUAAAUUUUCUCAGGAGUUGACAGAAUUUGAAGCUGUUCCUGAUGCUUCCAUGAAGGGCCUCAGUGCUGAAGUUGAUGUUUUAAGAAAAGAAUUGGAAAAUGUUAUUCAGUGCAGUCGGCUUAUUAAACCCAAGACAAUCAAGGCAACACCCCAGGAGUCACAGUUCUGCAAGGAACUAAAGGAUUUAAUUCAGAAAUAUGAAGGGGAUCUAUCCCAGCUGUCAAAAAGAUGUGAUGAAAUGAAGAAGCUUUAUAGCAACAUACUGGUAAAAUUUGGGGAGCCACAAGACCUAGACUCUCAAGAACUAUUUGGAUGGAUAUCUUCAUUCAUUAGUGAGUUUAGGAAGGCCUGUGGUGAAGUCAUGACAUAAGGACAACACAAAACUUAUAAGGAGGUGAGGGAGUGAGAAGUCCAGGAAAUGAUGUUCAAGUCAAUUAAUUUGAAAGUUUCUCUAUUAAUAAGUAGCACAUAAGCAGUAUAGAGUCUGUACAGCAGUAUACCUUGAUUUUAAGAGAUAUUCAAUUCAUAAUGUGUAAUUUGUAAGUGGUAUUUGACCUGUAGGAUCAUAGAUCCCUUAUGAGCCCCUCCCUCAUUUUCUCUGAUAUAUGUGCUUUUGUAACUUGAGAUGCCUGGAUACUUAAAGAGGAUACACUUUUGACAUUUUAUAACUUCACUUUCUAAUAUCGUACUUUGAUACCCAGUCUUCUGAGUUUCAACUAUUACUUUCAAUGAAUAAGUUUCAGUAUCGUGAUCUAAUGUUUAAUAUUUUUGCUGUAGUUUUCUAAAUGGUAUUUUACAAGUGUUAUUAACAUGAUGAAAUGGGAAGCUGUUACCCACAGAGGAGAAUAUCUAUCAAAAACUCUUGUUUGUCUUUCUGCUAUUAAAGUGUUGCAGCCUUAGUAUGUAAUUGAGAAAGCGUCUGUUUUUUAUGGCUAAUGUAAUGUAUUCAGGUAAAAUACUAUAGUAGUCAAUCAAUAUGUGUGAUUUGUAUUGGCCAGAGAAGAAAAAGAAAUAUGUGUCAUGAGGUGUCUAAGUAAUGGAUACUGGAGGCAAUUAUCCAUGGUUUUCAAUAGAGAAAAUACUUCUGUUGCAUUUAUUUGUUUUUAUGUAUUUUUAAUUAGAAUAAUUAUCCGGAGCUCAAAUAUGAGAAGAAAAGGAGGCCUAUAAAUGCAAAGAAAAAAUGGAUGUGUUCAACAUUGAAAGCAGAAAAUAGUUCUAGAAAGUCAUUGAUAAAAUUUGGCGUUUUCUCUACCAGUUUUGCAAACAGUGUUAUUUUAGAAAAAGUGGUUUACUUGACUUAUUUUUGGCCUGACUACCCGGGUCUCACAGCGUUUGGGUUUUGGUAGAAGUGCUGAACUCUCUCCCUGACGUCAGUGCUGAAAGGAGUUAGGACUAACCAUCCAAAAGGCUUAAGUACUCGCAUCUAAAAAUUACAUUAUUGCAACCCUGCCUCAGCUGGCAUAUAAAAUUCCUCUAUAGCUAGCAUUUAAUUUGCUGUUCUAGAUGUGGCCACUGCUGAGGUAUUUGGAGAAAGGUCCACCAAAGAGCCCAGGCACUCAUCUGCUAUGUGCUGCAAUACCUGGGUUUUUAGUGCUGGUCAUGUCAUGUCAGACAGUAAAGCGCGAUCACCAGGAAUACAGAGACAGUUGGACACUGUCUGGAAAGCAGAAAUAAAAGAGGCCCAAAAUGUUUUUCUCAUUGUGGCCUCAGUACUUUAAAGGGCAUCGCAGGCUACAGUUCCUGGGAGCUUAUGGCUUCUGAUGUGCCAUGACUGGCAGCACACCCCUAUGUGGAAAGGCAGAAGAGCAUUCCUGCAGCUAAUGUGGUCAUCAUAAAAUGAAGCAAAGGCUUCAUUUCACGUUUCAUGUCAACCUCAAUAAAUCUGCUGCCCUCCAUGGAUGCUCCCCUGGUCACAAGGGCAGGUGCACGUACCUGUUUCAAAAGAGUGCGCAGGGAUCACAAGUGUUCUGUUAAAAUUAUAGUUGCCACCUCUGUUUUGAGGAGUCACUGAGGGUGUGGAAUCCUGCCCCGAAGGAUUCAAAUUCUCAUAACCCUUCUCUUAAGGAAGUACUUUGGCCAAAAGCUGUGCUGAGCAGGCAGCAUCUCAUUCCUGGCCAGUGAGCGACAGCUUCAGGGAAACGUCUUCAACAGGAGGCAUCAGGUAUUAAGCAAGUGCGCUGACGAGCAAAGAAACAACUGCUCUUCCAGUUUUUGAGCAGCAAACCUGGCACCAGCUGUGAAUGCCAAUGGGCCUCACUGCUUAACUUGUCUGCCUUAAAUCCAUCCCUUAUCUUGGAGGAUGCCUAAGAAAGACCUUCAAGGAAGAGGUUCAACAAACUAUGUAUUUAGAAUGCUUAAUAUCAUCUUCUAUGCACCUACCUAUCAUACAUUAUAUAGAAACUGUCUCAGGUGAGACAGAGGAUGCCUGAACUAGAGCUCUGCAUUGCAGCAGCUGUGUGCCCGGUGGGUCCCCUCAGCUCUGUACCACCCGUGUCACUGCCCCCCAUGGGCUUGUGCACAUCUGCACUAACAAAGUGCAUUGUUUUGGCUUCUCAACAGGCUUGUCAGGACUCUGCUUCCAGUUGAGUACCUGCAGCUGUGUUUCUCAGAGGCAAAAAGAAUACAAUUAAAAAAACAAAGAGCAAAAUUGGUAUCCCUAAUACUUAUUUUACAGAAAAAUUGUUUACAGAAGCAAAUAAACGGAUUUGAUUUUAAUGAGAACGUAUUGACUAUGUUUGCCCCAAGUCAGCAUCAGACCAGUGCCAUCUGGUUGACACUGAAGUCAGUGGCAUCCAUCUAGGUAACAGGAGCUACAGCUUAGAUCACUCAUUUCUGAUUGAAAGAGGAAAAUUAAAUUGCUUUUAGAUUUCUUGCAUCUCUAUACCACAAUACCCUAUACAGUGCACAUACCUGAACUGUAAAUACUUGCGCUUUUCAAUAGGUGUUGUUACUGCUCCAAAAUCUGAACCAUCUUCAUUUAUAUGUGAAUCAUGUAACAUAAUCCUGAAUACAAGUGCCAUUUCCAUGGUAUCAAGAUCCCUGCAUCCCUGAACAGCAUUCGUGAUGGUCAUGAUAAGUUUCAUGUUUUUCUACCAUUACCUUAGCUCAGGAGUCCUGGGAAGUCUCUUUCAACUAAAUAGUUUUUUCUCUCCUUUUUUUUUUUCCAUGACUCACUUUUUUCUCUUAGUCCUUUUUCUCUGUUAUUAUAUCUAACAGCUUGUACUUGUUUUAUAGCUCAGCUGGCAUGGCCUCUUCCAAUUAAAAGUAUAUUCUACACAGUAGUCAAUAUAUGUGUCUUUGUGUGAAUAUCCUGGAGCAUUAAUUUUAAAAAUUAAUGUCAAAAUACCUUCUUGGCAAGAAGUUGUAGCACCUUCAGAGACCAUGAAGAUUUCCUGUGGAGUGGAAUCUUACUGGGGAGACACGUUUCAGUUUUCUUAAGCUGUUUCUUCAGUGCCUGUGAGUCUCUGUGACCUCCUGAUCUAUAUGUAAAAAUAAAUGAAUAGACAUUGUUCUCUACCUCACUCUUUUUUUCCUAAGUGUUAUUUUGCAUAAGACUGUGUUUUUCAGGUCUCUUAGUCAACUGUAGUCCUAAGUUUUAGUGGUAUAAGGAGUAAUAGUUGCUACGCCUCAACAUUUAUUUGGAAUUAUAUAGACAAGCUCUAAGUCUACACAUGGAUUAUAUCUGUGGAAUCCUUCCCUCGCAGCUGAUAGUUUUAUCCAUCAAACCUGUAGUUGCAAAAGUCAAAGAAUCAGGUGAGCCUUCUGUUUGUGGAAACUAAUACAAUUGGGAGCACUACAGGUAGCAACCCAUAAUAACUGUAUUAUUUAUACAUCUGGAUUGUUUCCCUACCUAAACUACCAUUUGGCAUAUUAUGAAAUAUGAAAGCUUAGUGAUGAUAUUAUAUGAGCAGUUCUGCUCAUUAAAUUUGUCUCAAUAUUCGGUUGUGUGGAGUAAAGCUAUGGGUCAAAUGCUGUGCUGAUUCUUCUUUCACAGCAGCUCAGCUGUGUCAGAACUGCUUGCUCCAGAAGGAAACAGGGAUCUCUUUUGAUAGUUUCUUUCCUUAAAAUGCACACUACUGGUAGUAUGUGCAGCACUUCAGCAAGAGCAGGAGAGAGAAUUUCUGGAUCCCAUAGUAAACAUUAAUUGUCUCCAGCAAAAAUGUGACUGAGAGAAGCCCCACGUCCUGGGCUUGGAGCUCCCCAGACAGAACUCUGGCUUCAUCCUCUACCCGAUGUCUCUGUGCAUUCAAAUCUGCCCUGAGAAAUGCUGUAGGAAAUGGAGCUCAUGUAGACACAUUUCACAGAGCUGACCUGAGCUCCCAGAGGGGCCGGUCUUACAUGCGCACCAGCACUCUCAAGGGUUUUCCGAUAAUUCAGUUUGAAAUGCGAGUAUCUGCCCCCAGAGGCAGAAACUUCCCAGGGUUUCCUCCAACCAAAAAUGUAGAGAGAGGAGAUUAUCCGGCACUAGACUUGGCAGAAAAAAUUUAACUUCCAUAAAGCAACAAUUAUAUCCUAGGACAGUGGCUGAACUUUGUUUUCCAAUUUUCAUUUUGUUUUCUUUCCUAUUUGAACUGCCAGAAGAUGAGGCACCAGGCGGAGUGCCCCUGCUCAUUUGUGUAAAUGAACAGUAAAGCAAAAAUAAAAACUGUGGUCACUUGGAAGGUGUUCUAUGGAUAAAAGCUUUGAAGACUCUUAUGUAUGCUGGUUUUCCAGAUUGAAUUAGUGCUUUUUAAAUACAAACACCAAUUGUAGAAGAAGAAUAUUGUGUUAGACAAAGUGAAUAAAAACAUGGGGUCUCUAAAAGGGAACCUGUUGGGUACUCACUGUACAAUAACUAAAGCUUGAAAAUAUCCUUAGAAAAUACUCACUCCUGUGCUUAAGAAGUUGCUGCUAAUGAUGACUCAGAAGAAUCGCAAACAAAUUUCAAGCUGCUUGACUUAAAGAAGAAUAUAUUAAAAAAUUCAAACUGGGGGGCUGCUUUGAUGCAGGGCUGAGGUGCUCUGACUCAAAAAGCUCUUAGUGAGAUCCUUCUCUGCAUCGCUCACAGUAGUUUUGCUGUGGAUAUUCAUAGAACCAAUAUCUAAUUUCCUGCUUUUAAAGACAUUUCAGAUUGCCAAAAUGCUCAACUAUUAAAUUUUCCCAGCAAGCUAAACGUAAGUAUUCAUUUUUUUUACUGUUGCGUCUUGCUACCCAAGUAGAAUGUACCAGAAAUUGAACUGUCUACUCCCAGAGCAACAAAGGGAGAGCCUUUUAAUGAAAACUCCAACUCAGACUUGUGCAGGUAUGAAUACUUCAUGCAAAUAAGAUUCUAUUUAACAUUAACUUGAGUAUUUUACGUCACAGCAUAUUACUGUAGCUGAUGUGACACGUCUAAGAAGCAGACUGCGCUUUCUUGGCUACACUUUGAAAUGAUUGCAGGGGUUGAUAAAUGUGCUUAAGCCUUACACUUGCUGCCUGUUUACCGAGGGAUGAAUUUUGCCCAUUGAGGCUAUUUUAGGAAAGGACAGUCAGCAGCAAUUAAACAACAGAAAACUACAAAGUAGGUAAAUAUUGCUUUAAGCUCAUUUUGCAAAUUAGACAUUUGAAACAAAAGGUUUCAGAUGCUGAUUUUAAGUCUCGGGUUGUAAUUUAAAAAUGCUGCAAUGUCUUGAAACAUAAAUAACUGACACUCUUUUGAUUGCACAAGGAUAAAAAGCCUAGUGAUAUAUGCUAUGGUGAUGUCAUUUGCUCAUGAGCAUUGAACUAAAAAAAGAAAAUAACCCCAAAGCUUUUGUCCAUGAAGUUCAAGUACUGAUGAGCAUAUUUAUGCUAAAAUCCUUCUUGUAGGUCCUAGAAAUUUUCCUGAACAAACUCUAUAGGACUUGGCCUGAAAUCAUGUAAUUAUAAAUAGAAAUUUGCUUGACUCAGUUUCAAAGCAGGAACUUUUCUCAGCCAGUAAAUAAUUCCUAGACAAUAUCCCGAGUUGCUGUCAUUAAUGCUUAAAUUGAGGUUUGUUAUUUGUAAUCCUGACACUUAAAACAAUCUGAUGUCUCACUUUGUCAUCAGGAAUUAAGCUGAUUAGGAAAAUUAAAACCAGCCCAAAUCCUUUUGAUUAUGGAUUUACUGAACUUGCCCUGCAGAAGGACAACCCGGCUGGGAUGACGAGCAGACGGAUGCUCCUCUGGCUCUUGCAGCUUCUCACAUAGAGGCACCAAUUGAUUAUGCCAUAUCUGUGCGGGUGUGCUGGGAAAAACAGACAUUUCAGGGAAUGAAAUUUAGAGAAAAAAGAGUUGCGAUUCAUUUCAAUUGCUCCCACCUCUUCCCCUUGGUGCUGCGCAAAAGCUGCUGAGUGUAUUGAGCCACUUAGAGAACAGGAUGGGCUGGAGAUUGGGAUGGUCAGUUGGAAGGAGGGAACCGAAGUGCUAAUCACUAUUUCAAGAAAUGUUUGUAUAUUUUUAUAUUGAAAAUCCACUGGUUAAAAUAAAGAACCAGCACUGGUACAGAGGCCAGAGCUCUCGUCUGCCUCCCUUCGGGACAAGGCUGAGAAGCUGGACCCCCUGAUUUCUGUGAAAGUGGUGACUGCACUUGGACUUUGGAUCCAGUUCUGGGGACCAAACCUGCCGAAGUUAUGCAGAGCAUGUGUUUUGGGUGUGUAAAUCCUUUUUAUCAAUUUGUCUCUCCCUUUCUGUGAGUGGAUUGGCUGUUCUGACACUUUCCUUAAAGGGCUAGAAUACAUGCAAAAAAUAGCUGCUGUGUUAAAGCUUUUUUUAUCUGAAUCCUUUGAGACUUGGGUAACUGCUUAUGAGCAUUCACCUCGAUGAACUCAUCCUGUAGAGAAACUUUGAGCAGCCAUAGAGAAAGCUCAAAGCGAUUCAGUCAAGUGAAAUUUUGUUUACCUGCUGAAAGAGAGCAAAUGUUUCAAGCUGAAAAUCCCAUAGAUUAGUUUUGGUGUGAUGCUGGGAAGUUGGGCACUGCAAGUUAAGAAAUGACUUUUGGAGUCUCAGAGAAGGACACUCGUGCCAAGUCUUUGACCUCAGAGGGAUUAGAGAAUAUUAUCAGGUCUUUGGAAGUACUUACUGUUUGGACAUUUGUUUAGUUUUCUUUCUGUUUUCCCUAGUAUUUUUUAGCUUCAUUGGAGAGGAAAAGUGUAAAGAGUUUUAGCAGAAUCACAGAAUGGUGGAGGCUGGAAGGUCAUUUAGUCCAGAGCAUGGUGCCCAAGGCCAUGUUUCACGUGGUUGUGAAUAUUUCUGAUGAUGGAGAAGACAGAGAUUUCACAGUUUGUUGGUGAGUUUAACAUUUCUAGAAUUUAUUAGCUGAAGACCACAAGAAAGACAGAAUGUAAGAUCAGGACCCUCAUUUGCUUAAGAAAGUGAGUAAAAAAAUGACAAUAGAUUGUCACUUAGGAAAGAUACCUACCAGCUAAGGGAGAGAAAUUGGUGUGUUCAAUGGGCUUGAUUCCUUAGCUGUGAAAUUAUGCGUUGUUUUCUUACCUGCAUCUUUUAAAAUAAUUCGCUAUGACAAAGGUAAAUAAUAGCUAUUUAUUGCUCUUGACAGCUUUGCUUGGACAGAGUCAGAAAGAUCUGGUUAAAAAUUACUCAGUGACAUGUCCAGGAAAUUAUUCAAAUUUAAUGAAAAAAUACUUUUAAAUACUUCUUUUUUCCAUCCUAGAGGUGUCUGAAGUUUAUCUAUAGGGGUUCUAUAUUACAUGUAGUUAAUUAUGCAGUGCUGGGGUCCUCUGGGAUGAAUUUGCUUUCCUUAGGAAGUUGAGAGGGGAUUUGAAGGAGGACUCCUGACCUGGCUCUUGCAGCAUUGUGUGUUCCCAUGCCCUGGCUGAUCACCAUCAGCAGUAUUGUCUGGUUUGGCCUAAUGGUUUGCAGGAUACUUUCCGUGAGUCUGGUUUGUGAAGUACCACAUAUGCUUGCAAAUAAUAAUGAAAUGUGCUAUUUGUGAGCGGUUAUGAGAAUUUACCUUUUGGAUUAAUGGACAAGCCUUGCAGGACACAUAGGGAAUGUGUUUCAUCUUCACACUGCUGGCACAAUUUCCAGAUUAAGAAAAGAUGGAAGGAUGAAAGAUAGAAGUAUUAAUUUGGUGCUUCUGUACUGCAGCGGUGAUGUAUGCACAGCACACGGGUACACCACAAAUGUGCUGGCAAGCUCUAUAGGGGGUUGAGACUGCUGAAAAAUAAGGCUGUAUCUAACAUGAUCUUAAUAUUUCAUUCAGACUUCAGGAUCCGUGGAUUUUUUUGUCCUUAUUCACAUGUGAUACAUCAACAGGGAUAUUUGGAGGAGUCUCGGAUCUGUCCCAGUUGCCAAGGCAUUUCUAGAGAUUUGGAGAGCUGUGCCCAGCUUUGGAGAUUGGCUCUUACGAUGUUUAUCCUAAAAUGAGAGCAGAGAAAUGAGCUACUUGAAGGUACCAUGCUGUGACUUUUAUAAAUUUCACAAUAGCUUGUGAAUGUAGCAGGGCCGUCUGAUAUGAUCCAUGCUGCAAGGAGUCUGGAAACUAGUCUGAGCAGCAGAUGGAUGCCAUGAAACUUGGUAAGUUAAAACAUGAAACCUACCGUAUCUAAAAGGCCAGUCUUUUUCUUCUGUUAAAGUUGGCACAUCUCAAUAGAUGGCACUAAAAGUCCCAAGGCAAAGCUGUUCCCCGUGGCUUCCUCCCUGAAUAUCAUUGCAAGUCUUUCAGUAAAUCCACUGUCUUUAAACAUCAAACAAGCAAUACAAUCAAUGGACAGUAUUCUAAUUCACUAUCUUAGACACUUCUUUUAAUGCAAAUUAUUCCCUGAGCAACACCAUUUUUAGUUUUUUAUUGGUCCUUGCUAUGAAACCACUCAGUAAGAAAUCUAUCUGGGACAAAUCUUCCUGAGGGGAGGUAAUCUGUGUAUUGCAAUUGAUGUCAAAGGAGGUGCACUAAAUUACACCACUUCAGGAUCUAAUUUUUCUGUGGUUUCCUUGACACCAAAUUAGCCAACUAUAUCCACAAAAUGUAUUCAACAGUUUAAGCUAAAUUGAUUGCCAGCAGAUUGCUGAAAGCUUUGCAAACUCCAUCCUGAGUUCACUGUAACCACCUUGCUCAGUGAAAUGGGCUCUGGAGCUUGGAGCAAAUAACAAACCACGUUCCUUCCCUUUCCCUCCCACUAAAAGGGGAACAUUGUCAGAUUGUCCUGCCUAUUUCUGGUUUUAUUCUAUUUGGGCAAAAAUCACGCUUGCAUCAUUAAAAUGUAAUUGAAAAAUCUAAGAUCAUUGCAUAGGUCACUGCAGAGCUUUGCAACAUUAUUUAUUUUAUAAAAUUGCAUACAUGUAUCAGGUAAAUUCUUGUUGAAAACAAGAAAAGAACAGUUGUGGGUUUUUUGUUUUGUUUUGGUUUUUCCUGGACAUGGUCUGAAAUGUGAUAGUAAAACAAAAAUUAAAUUUUACUUUAUAACAAGUUAUAUAGCUGCAAGUACCUGCUAUAAAGGCAGUUAAUGUAUAUAAGUUGAUUUUAUGGUCUUAAUCCACCAAAGCCUUGUUUUUACAAGAGGGUUAAACAUGUAAAUUAGAAAAAGAAUUAUUGGAAAUACUUUGAAUCAAGAUAAACACAAGAAAUAUCUAACAAUUUGUGGGUAGUCUAGCCAAGAUUAAUGAUGAAAUUUACUGGCCUAUUGAUGUUGCAAACAAUUGACUCCUACCUAGUGUCUGUGAGGGAGUAAAAAGAACCUACAGGGUCAAAGCUCUCAGUUUUACACUGAUGUAAAUCCAGAGUAAGACUAUUUGACUCAGUAUAACUGUGCAAUAUUUCUAUUGAAGAGUAACUACAGAAACACGCUGCUGUAAGGAGUCACAGAAUCUGGCCAUGGGCAUUUCAGACCCUGAUUUGCACUUUGUGCUUGGGCCUGAAUUGUGCUCAGGUUUGCAGUAUUGACCAAAUAGAAGGUUGGGCUGUGUAAGAAAUGCUGAAUAAUGGCUGCAAAUGCCAGUGCUGUCAGCACAACUGAGCAGUUUUACCUUCACGCACAUGGCAGACAUCCUGCUGACUUCAUUUUCUUAAUCGCCUCUCAAAUUCACACAGAAUUUUAAAAUUUUCUUCCCUAAGAUGGCCAUCAAAACACAAAUCUGCUACAGCGCAGUGUCAUGGAAAUUCAAAAAGCCCGACAAAUAUAAGUAGAGAAUUGUUUUUCAUUGGUUUCCCUGUCCUGUGGCUGCAGAAAUUUUUGUAAAAAUACUAGAAGAUGGAAUGGAAUGAAUAGAGGUACAUUAGAAAUAGGCAAACAUAUGGAAAAAACUUACUUAAAAAGCUAAACAAGCUUGGCUUUUAGAUUAAAAUAAACCAAGGGAAAUCUAGGCUUGGUUCUGCAUCUGCCUGAAUUAAAUAGCAAAAACUUGCAUUCAUUUUAGUCUUUCCAGCAAUGCACAUAUAUAUGGCUGAAGAUUUUAUUAUAUUCCUAUAAGAUCUCUUUAUGUUUUAUGCCUAAAUAAAUGAAGUGAAAUUUACUCUAUAAAAUAUUUACAGAAUCUUCUUGAGAACCAUUAAGAUAAUUAGCCAGGUGAAUUCAUUUUGGAUUCGGCCACCAAACUGUUUAACUAGCUGAGAGCCACAGGACCAGCUGUCUCAAAGACAAGUUAGUCUGUACAGGAGCCAACAGCCAGAUGGAGACGACAGCCAGCUCAAUAUUUAGCCUGAAAGAAUGUCAAAAGAUGGUAAAAAGUUUGGCCACUCAGCUCCACAAACACAAAUUUGAAUCGUCAUCAGUUUUCUGCCUUUGAAUGGAGUGUUUUUGCCUCCUCUGCACCCGUUCACCUCCUGCGUCCUCCUUAGGGUGAGCUCAGCAAAAAGCCGAGUUGAUCAGAACCAGAGCUGGGGGUUUAAUCCUGGGAGGAGGUGAUGGGUGCUCAGCCAGCUCACUACAAACCUGCGUUCCACACGCAGCAAACAGAAAGCUCAGCUUAACAGAAGGGAUAUAUAAUUAGGAGAGAGAAAAAAGAAAAGGAAAGGAAGGAGGGCUCUUGUUACCGAGGGGUUAGUAGAAUUCAUAAGGCCUCUAGACACAAGCAAGAAGCUCAAAAGCAGGAGAGGAAGUCUGAGGCAGAUUAUUUCUCCCUUUUGUAAGGCAAAAUACUAAUUACACAGAGCAAGAUGUCUUUUUUUUUUUUUUU